AUGCCGGUGCUGUCUGAGGACUCGGGUUUGCAUGAGACUCUAGCACUGCUGACCUCUCAGCUCAGACCUGACUCCAACCACAAGGAGGAGAUGGGCUUCCUGAGGGAUGUGUUUAGUGAGAAAAGCCUCAGUUACUUAAUGAAGAUUCACGAGAAGCUCCGCUAUUACGAGAGGCAAAGCCCCACCCCAGUCUUGCACAACGCCAUGGCCCUUGCUGAGGAUGUGAUGGAGGAGCUGCAGGCUGCCUCUGUGCACAGUGAUGAGAGGGAGCUGCUCCAGCUGCUGUCCACCCCCCACCUCAGGGCUGUGCUCAUGGUACAUGACACCGUUGCCCAGAAGAAUUUUGACCCUGUCCUCCCUCCUUUGCCUGAUAACAUUGAUGAGGAUUUUGAAGAGGAAUCAGUGAAGAUCGUCCGCCUGGUGAAAAACAAGGAACCCCUGGGUGCCACCAUCAGACGGGACGAGCACUCGGGGGCUGUAGUCGUGGCCAGGAUCAUGCGAGGGGGUGCAGCAGACCGGAGUGGCUUGGUGCAUGUUGGAGACGAGCUUCGAGAAGUCAAUGGCAUCACAGUCCUACACAAGCGGCCUGAUGAGAUCAGUCAGAUUCUGGCUCAGUCCCAGGGAUCCAUUACCUUGAAAAUUAUCCCGGCCACCCAGGAGGAGGAUUGCUUGAAGGAGAGCAAGGUGUUCAUGCGAGCCCUCUUCCACUACAACCCUCGGGAGGACCGAGCCAUUCCCUGCCAGGAGGCGGGCCUGCCCUUCCAGCGUAGGCAGGUCCUGGAGGUGGUGAGCCAAGAUGACCCCACGUGGUGGCAGGCCAAGCGAGUGGGGGACACCAACCUUCGAGCCGGCCUCAUCCCCUCCAAGCAGUUCCAGGAGAGGCGACUGAGCUACCGGAGAGCCACAGGCACCCUGCCAAGCCCCCAGAGCCUCAGGAAGCCCCCCUAUGAUCAGCCUUGUGACAAAGAGACCUGUGACUGUGAGGGAUACCUCAGAGGGCACUACGUGGCUGGUCUUCGGAGGAGCUUCCGGCUGGGCCGCAGGGAGAGGCCGGGCAGCUCACAGGAAGGAAGGACACCUGCUAUAGCUGAGUCUCCGGAACUCCUGACCUACGAGGAGGUGGCCAGGUACCAGCACCAGCCCGGCGAGCGGCCACGCCUGGUGGUUCUCAUUGGGUCUCUGGGAGCCCGGCUGUAUGAGCUGAAGCAGAAAGUGGUGACAGAGAACCCACAGCACUUUGGCGUUGCUGUUCCACAUACCACCAGGCCCCGAAAGAGCCACGAGAAGGAGGGGGUGGAAUACCACUUUGUCUCUAAGCAAGCGUUUGAGGCCGACUUACAACACAACAAGUUCCUGGAGCAUGGCGAAUACAAGGAGAAUCUCUAUGGGACCAGCCUGGAGGCCAUUCAGGCUGUGAUGGCCAAAAACAAAGUCUGUUUGGUGGAUGUGGAGCCAGAAGCACUGAAACAGCUGAGGACCUCAGAAUUCAAACCCUACAUUAUAUUUGUGAAGCCUGCAAUUCAGGAGAAGAGGAAGACGCCACCUAUGUCCCCGGCAUUUGAAGCCACAGCAGCCCCACUUGAUGAGGAGCAGCAGCAGAUGGCCGCCUCGGCUGCCUUCAUCGACCAGCAUUACGGGCACCUGGUGGACGCCGUGCUGGUGAAGGAGGAUGUCCAGGGUGCAUACAGCCAGCUGAAAGUGAUCUUGGAGAAGAUGAACAAGGACACUCACUGGGUACCUGUCAGUUGGGUCAGGUAA